ACCACAGAAGUGCCGGAGUUAGAGUCAGAGAGGAUAUCUCGAACCAGAGUGAGGAGGUAUAGCAUAUAAACCUGGGAGAAAGUGUUCGCGGUCAUUCAGUCCUUAGACCAUAUACUCGUCUCAGUCUAUGCACAAUUCAGCCGAGGAGUAUCGCUCGGCAUAGUGGGCUUCUGGUCUACAGCCGUAUAUAAGAGUUACUCCGGUGUACAAGUAGCUCAGUGUCCGUGAGAGUGUUACGAGGAACGCCUCGCCCAAGGUUUUUGGUUUCAGAGUGAUAUACAAUGUGGCGAGUGAUACUGGUGAGCCUGCUGGCGCAGUGCUUGUGUGCUGAUCAAGUUUCAUACGGGACGUCAUCGUUUCUCCAAAGUUCCUCAUCUUCAAACCAACAACAACACCAACAGCAAUGGUCGUGGCAAGAUACGGGUAAAGACCUGCUUGCCGCAGCGAAUACAGAACAGGAGGAGGCCUUUCACCCAGUGACCUUCAACGCACCCGAUGCCCCUCAGCAAGGACAACAGCAGAGUGAUCUGCAGAACGUCGCUACGAACUAUCCACAGUAUAACUCCAAUGUACAGCAAGAUAGUAGCGGUGUGGCUGAGGCUCUUGAACAGCAGGUUCGAUUGGUAGACACUGUCAUUGAUGAUAUUCUCGUAUCGAAUCGACAGGGUCGCAAUCUGGAAGGUUACGACGAAGUAUACUCAGAUCCGAACGUAAAGAGCGCUCUUCAACUUGGGAAUGAUACCGUAGCACGCGCCUACAUCAAGGAAAAGCUGUGCUCGCUUGGCCUCAUGAACUGUGACAAUCCCGAGGGAAGACGCCCAUAUUACUCACCCCACAGAGACAUUCAGCCACAGGAAAUCAUUUACGCACAACCUGUCACCAUUAAACCAGUUGGAAGGCCUCUUCCCGCAAUUCCAGUAAAACGUCCGUACGGACCACCAAGGCCAGUGCCUGUUCCUCCGAGCUUUAGUUCUGGCCCUCCGGGACCGAUAUACUCUGGACCAACCGGGCCUUUCAAUGGACCACCUGGAUCCUUCUCUGGACCACCGCCGUCAUUCUCAGGACCGAGCUAUGGACCUCCACCCAGUUUUAGCGGCCCAUACUCAGGCUUCAAGAAGCCGGGACCAAUCUAUGACUCCAAACCCAUCUACGAGGGUGGAGCUUCAUUCGACGGGGGGCUUGAAUACGAAGACAAGUUCAUUGACAAGAAGCAGCUCGUCCUUAAUCAGGGCUUAGGGUCUGGAGUGCAGCAACAUGUCCAUCACCAUUACCACCAUGGUGAAGAUGCGAACAACGGAGGCAAAGCUCCAACUGUUGUGGUCAACAACCCUGGCGUAGUGUCUGGGACUCCCAGUUCCAUCAUUGGACCUGGUCCCGUUGGUAAUAACGGAUUUAACAAUUACGGAUACGGACACGGGGGUGGAAGUUACGGUAAUGGCGGGGGAUUCGGCAACUCCUUUAACGAGUUCGAAAGUUUCAAAAAAGAGUUUAAAAUCAAGACUCCGUCCUCUGGCAACAACCUGAUCGGCUCUGGAAGCAGCAAUUACGCGGACAGAUACCCCAGCUACGAAAAGCCGCGACAAGAUCCUACCUUCAGCACUGGCAACAUUAAUAAGGGAUUCUCAUCCAACAAUUACGAUACCGGUAAACAGUUCAAUUCCGGAUUUAGCAACAGUCAAUAUGACUCCAGUUCGUCGUCGUCGUACAACGGCUUCGGGUCCAGCAACGGUUUCGGGUCAAAUGGCAACAACUUUGGGUCUAACGGUAACGGGAACUUCGGAUCCGGAAACGGUUUUGGGUCAUCAAACGGUGGAAUCGACAGCGGUUUUUCGUCUUCCAAUUACGACGAUUGCGUUUGUGUGCCGUACGAGCAGUGCCCGGCCGUUGAUCAGCUCGGACGAAAGGAUGACCUCUACCUGGCCAUAGACCCGAGGAAUGUUGGUAAAAAUAUCGAGGCAGAAACCGUUGAGGCCGUUCUAACCGACGGAAAUGGUACAAUGAGCGUUGUUCGAGUACCUAAGGGCGUAAACGUCACGGAAGAGGCUGAGCACACGAUAGAAGAGAACAAGAAAGCGUUGGAAGCAAACGCCGAGAAGACUGACAAUAACGAUGAAACGAAGAGGUCCAAGAGAGACGUUAAGGAGCUCGCGGGCGAGAAAGUCAAGAAAACCGACGCACAAGGGCGGCUGGUCGUCGGCGACCUGGACACCUCGAAAUUGAACCUGAAGCCAACCUGGGGCGUCAGUUUUGGACUGCCACAAGGAGGAACCGGCUACCCAAUAAACCCCUACGGCGGAGAUUCGCUAGUAAAUCCCUACCCGGGUUACGGGGGCGGAAGUCAGGGUCUAAACCUCGGGCUGGUCUCAGUGAAUCCCUUAGUUGCAGUUCAAGUGACGAAAGACGAGUACGGUGAUAAGGUAGUCAAGCCGUUCGUCAACCUCCACGUCACCCCGAAUCACGGACUAGUCCACAAGCUCGGCGACCUUCUCGCCUACAAGAAACAAGUCCUCCUCGGUAAACCAGGUGGCCAUUAUUACCCCCAGCAUUACCCCGUAGGGUCCCCUAUUUACGAAAAGCCAUUCGGUCACCACUACCCGAGUCACGGGGGCGGCUUCGGUGCGGCUUAUCCCAGUAGGCCACACUACCAACAUCAAUCCGUGUACAAGCCCCAUUAUUCCGAGGGUCCUUAUGGUCAGCCCGGCUAUGGCCAAGGCCCUGGUGGAUAUUACCGUGAAGACAACGACUACGACAGCGAUUACUCCGGUGAAUACGGUGAUUAUGCCGAGGACUACUACAGGAAUUUGAGAGCAAACGAUACUCAGAAGAACCUCGGGGCUUACAAUGAGAAAUUGCAGAGCAGUUACGAUAGCGCAGAAAAUGACUGGAACCCGUCAUCGUCGUCGAGAGCGCAGACUGUUCAGGCUCAAAAGAAAGGGGACGAACGCGGGGGCCGGGUAGCUUUCCCGGAAAGGCGAAAACGCGAUGUUAACCAAGUCGAACAACUGGCUCAGGAGAGACAAUUUGGACGUCCUCCAGUCUGCGGACCGCGUCACGUGUGCUGUCGCCGGCAACAGAUAAACCCUGGAAGGCCUAGUCGGAAUGGACAAUGUGGAGUCCGCAACAGCCAGGGUAUAAAUGGUCGUAUAAAGACCCCAGCCCACAUUGAUGGAGACUCUGAAUUCGGCGAGUAUCCUUGGCAAGUAGCAAUCCUCAAGAAAGACCCUAGUGAGAGCGUCUACGUCUGCGGUGGUACCCUGAUCGGUCCCCGUCACAUACUGACUGCGGCUCAUUGCAUAAAAACUCACGCCGGACGAGACCUCAGGGCACGUCUUGGAGAAUGGGACGUGAAUCAUGACGUUGAAUUUUUCCCGUACAUCGAACGCGACAUAGUCAGUGUCAUAGUGCAUCCAGAAUUCUACGCCGGUACCCUGUACAAUGACCUCGCAAUCCUGAAGCUCGACCAUGAUAUCGAUUUUGAAAGGAAUCCGCACAUCAGUCCGGCCUGCCUCCCGAACAGACACGACGACUUUACUGGCACGAGGUGCUGGACCACGGGAUGGGGAAAAGACGCCUUUGGCGACUUUGGAAAGUAUCAGAACAUCCUGAAGGAAGUCGACGUUCCAGUGCUCAGCAACGCGGUCUGCGAGAACCAGAUGCGAAGGACCAGAUUAGGGUACAGCUUCAAUUUGCAUCCAGGCUUCAUAUGUGCUGGAGGUGAGGAAGGAAAGGACGCCUGCAAGGGUGACGGCGGUGGCCCGAUGGUCUGCGAACGUCAAGGUCACUGGCAGUUGGCUGGUGUCGUAUCCUGGGGAAUUGGAUGCGGUCAGGCAGGAGUCCCCGGGGUUUACACGAGAGUAUCGCACUAUCUCGACUGGAUCCGACAGAUUACGGGCCAGUUUUAAAUUACGCCGAUCAAGUAUUAUAAUUAGACAUUAAAAACGCGAAAUAAUUCAGUUCGUUCAGAAACUUCAGAACCACUUCAGAAAAUAGUUUCGUGAAUCAUCACUCUCACUUUUGUAGUAACUUAUGCACAGGUAAAUAACGAGACUGGACGUUUUGUAGGACACGUGCAAAAGAUUGAGUUUCAAGAAAAGGGGGUAUUCACUUCAAUUUGUAAUUAAGUAAGGAAUACGCAGACGUGAACGUCGAGCACUGUCUUUUUGAAUUUUUCAAGUUUCAGUGUUCUGACUUUGCAUUUAAGCGACUGUCUCAAAUUACUCUGACACGAAAAAUGUUCAAUGUUAUGGACGACUUGGCGUCUUGUGACAAGAAUGUGCGUUAUACAAUGUUAUUUAAGCUGUAACUUAUUUUUUAUGUAUAUAGAAUUAUUAUUAUAUUUUAAAACAUAGUUAUAUUAAGUACUAUCUAAUGUCAGCUCUUUUGUUCAUUUUCAUUUUGACGAUUGUUUUAUUUGUUUUCUUCUUGUGUUUUAUACAAUAAUCACUAAGAUUCGGGUGGAAUAAUACCCGGAGCGUCAA